AUGUUCCAGCCCAACUUGUCUACCUCGGCUUACGCCCACGACCCAAUGGAAGGCGUGCUCGACUUUGCUGCUCCGAGUUACAGGUGUACCGUGGCUGCGCCGACGAAAAUUGUCCUGCAGGAUAGUCGACGAAACCCUUCGGCCGUGCGCCUCUUGCCUGUGUGGGCCGCGCCGUCGUCGUCGGUGGUUCCCAGUUGGCCUCUCCCGCUUCCGUCAUCUUCUCCGGCUCGGACGGUUUCGCUCGAGUGGGCCAUGUCCAGAACCAGUGCCGUACCUGCUCCCACUUCUUCUUCGUCGUCGUCGCUACCUCGUACUCGCCAGACUCGAAUUUCGGAUCACCUCAAGGCGGUCAAAACGUCGUCGUCGUCGUCGCCCAGGCCGAAGCAGCAGCUAGCGGCGUUCGCACCGGCGAGUUCGGACAGUGUGAUGGCCUCUACCAGGGCUUCGGCCGCAUCCAAGUCGAUCGCAGCCAAGACAAGGAGGUCCGCUAGGUCGACCCGAAGUACACCCGAAGUUGAAUCAAUCCAAUGCGCAGCCUCGGCCGUGGUAGAGCAGCUACCGGGCAGGGCACCAGCAGCGUGGAGCGACGAGCGUGCAUCACCGCAGCGGCCACGAUUGCAAUCGCAUCAAGCACUGCACGAGCAGCACACUUCGACCGACGCUCACCCCCACUUUCUCGCAUCCACCUCUACAACUAAGAUCUCCACUCGUUCAUCUGGCAGGCAUGUUCUGUAA